UUGUAUUGAGAAAUGGCGAAGGUACCAUUAUUGAUUUUGGUAUUCUCAUUGUCAUUGAAUUUUACAUUGUUAGGUUUAGUUUUAGGACAGGAUGAUCCAUGGAAGAGUGUAUUAGACCAAGCAAGCAAGUCUGGUCUAUCUCAAGACAAAGUUAAUGACGCUCUUAGUGGUGUAUCUGCAAAUAAGGGUUCUUGGGAUACAUUAGGUGAUGGAGAUUUGGGGGAUUGGGUUCAACAAAUCAGUGAUUUAGGAACUGGGAUGGGAAGUACUUCAACAGCAUCUCCACCUAGUGAUUCUACAACAUUAGAUAUUGAUGACGAUGUUGAUGACACAUUUAAAAUUAAACCCUCAGCUUCAAAUGCACCUCAAAAAGCACCAACAAGUGCACCUGUAUCUGCAGGGAGAACAUCACCAACAGCUGCACCAAAAUUGUCACCAACAAAGGCACCUGAAUGGGCACCAUCGCAAUCUCCCGGUGCAUCACCUCCCACAGCUUAA